GGACGAGUUUAAGUAAGUUUUUUUCGUUAGGUUUCGCGAACUAUUCAACGACCGUAAGAAUGGAUAGUGAGGAUUACAACGAGGACAAGCCGAAGCAUGAAAGUAGACGGGUUUCGAAACCUUUGAUGGAAAAACGGCGCCGAGCCAGAAUAAACCAAAGUUUGUCUGACCUGAAAGCUUUGUUACUGGAAGCCAUUAAAUCAGAGAAUCCAAGACAUUCCAAGCUCGAAAAAGCAGAUAUUUUGGAGAUGACUGUGCGCCAUUUAGAGGAACUUCAUCGACAACAGAGAACAGCAACAUUGGUCAACGAUCCACAGCUGAAGAACAAAUUUUUAGUUGGGUUUGAGGAAUGCGUCCGCGAGGUGGAGCUGUUUAUGAAGAAACAAGAUGGUAUCUUGGAGGAUACGCGACGGUGUCUUCUUCAACAUCUAACAAAGCAAAUAAAAGACCUUAAAUCUACAGAAAACGAAGAAUACCAGCCGUCAUCCCAUCUUCUUCAUUCCCACAAACCUGUGAUCCAACACUGCAAUGCUUCUUGUUGCGAACUUACAGAAUCUUGCUGCCACACUAAGAAGAUGCCAGAUUCUACAGUGACAUCCAAAGAUCAUGAUGCCUUACUGUCCUGUAACUCACAUAAUUAUGAUAAUUGCACUGUUGAUAUCACGGAGUUUCGCUUAGUUCCAAAACGUCUAGCAAAUGGUGAUUUGGCUUUAGUGUUGCCCCAAAAGAUAGCUAAUGGUGUCAGUGGUUUAGAUCGUAGUUCGUGUACAGCUAGUGCUUUUCAACUCAUCCAUCGGGAUGCGGAAUCGUCAUCUUUACCUCAAGAAAUAUCCUCUACGAAUCCUUCACUGACCGAUUCUCAUUCUCCUGUGUUUGCUGCUACCCACAAACAUUUCAACUCAGAGUCUUCUAGUGAAGCAUCGGAUAUGAGCUCUGAUGAAUCAGUUGGUAGACCACGAGAACCACAGCUAUUCCGUCUCUCUCAUUCAAUGAUCCACAGUUUGGAAGAUUUUUCGAACAAUCAAUCUCCAUUGUCGGAUAAUGUUUGGCGACCAUGGUAAAACGAAAAAUGAAAAGACAGUCGUCAAUAAUGUAUUGUCUUUGCCAGGAAAGAAUAAUGUAUUAUUCUAUUGUCUUUACCAGGAAAGAAUAAUGUAUUAUUGCAUUGUCUUUGCCAGGAAAGAAUAAUGUAUUAUUCUAUUGUCUUUACCAGGAAAGAACAAUGUAUUAUUGUAUUGUCUUUACUAGGAAAGAACAAUGUAUUAUUGUAUUGUCU